AUGACCCUCCUGAAUAAGGAAUUGAACAAGUUGAACGUCUUCUUUAUAGAGAAGGAAGAGGAGUAUGUUAUCCGCCUUCAGAGGCUGAAAUACAGAAUUGAGAGAUUGAAGAAAGAACAAGCAGCCAACGACGGACGUGUUAGAGGAAACUGUGGGUAUGAAGAUCUUUUAAAGAUUUUGAGAGACAUUGUGGCUUCUCACGGCGAGAUGGUUCUGUUGGAGAAUUACAGUUCGCUGAAUUAUACAGAUCUCGUAAAGAUUAUGAAGAAGCAUGAUAAAGUGACGGGCACUCUUCUCAGGUUGCGCUACAUUCAAAGCGUGCUGCUGCAGCCGUUUUUCACGACGGAGCUUCUCUCGAAAUUAGUACGAGUGAGCAUAGUUGUGGCAUUGAAAACAAUGAAGGAAAUACGAAAACGUUCAACACCAAGUAUCUUCUCGCUGCCACCAAUGAAUCGAACUGACAGCGAAGAGAUGUUCGGGAUUUCGGUGGACCAGAGCUUAGUCCAUCCAGUUACUGUGGACCUUUAG